GUAGGCCUUGCAGGUGCCGCCAUGUCAGUGCAUGCCUAACCUCGUAGCCGCGCGGAACGGACGCUGGUACCGCGAAAUCGUGCGAGAGUCACGUUCACGGCUGUCCGGAACGGCCGCAACCGAAGUGUUCCUUUGGAAGGAAGCAGAUCCCGGUCUGUCUGUUGAGAUAGUCGCGCGACCGCGUAAAGUUCCUGCCGAAAGUUUGUGAGGGGAAUAUUAACCUGAUGUAGAUAUAUAUAUUCUAUCUGUCUAUAUACCCAUAUGUAUGCGUAUGUAUAUAUGGAUAUAGAUAUAGAUAUGUGCACUGUAUAUACUAUAUAGAUUGACCGUACGAAGUGCGCUGGACCGUCUCCUCCUCGGAUGGAGUUUGGAGAGCGCGAGUUCUCUCUCAGUGCACCGAGUGUCUAGAGUUAUUCCAGGGAGAGGAUACCACGCUGCGCUUCCAGAGGGAUAUCGGGAAGGCAGGUAGAUGCAAUUCUAGAACCGGUAAUCUAAACUCUGCACCAGGUGAAGAGAUUCGGAGUCAAGUUGUGAGCUAGUCCCUGGUCUCUUGAGGGAAUAGCAGGCGCGAUUACUCGGAAGAGUAUUUCGAAAGGCGUUGAGAGUGAGAGAGAAAGAGAUAGAGGAGGGAGGGAGAGAGAGUGAGUGUGUGUGUGUGUGAGAGAGAGAGAGAGAGAGAGAGAGAGAGAGGAGAGUAAAAAGAAGAAGAGAAGAGAGUAAAUGAUCGUCAGGAUGACGGGAAGGAAGAUGGAGGUGAGGACGACCGAGGUGGCGGCCAGGGAGGUGCGCGAGUGCGUCUCGAAAGGCCCGGCGGUCGCCGGCCCCUUGUGACCGGUGUGCUGUUGCUGCUGCUAUUUCUGUUGCCGAUGCUGCGGCCGGUCGCUGCUGCUGCUGCUACUACGGGAGAGUAAAUCGUCCUCGUGCGUCGUAUAUGGAAGAGAUAUUCAGUGCCGGUGUAGAUAGUAGAUGCUACGUAUUGAGGGAGGUGAUAGUACGUAGUCGUGUACGAAGGGGAGGUGCGAGCCGAAGAAGUGGCGGUGGAGGAGACGGAGGAGGAGGAGGAGGAGGCGAGGGGGAGGACAGAAGGAUCGAAAGAUUUAGAAGACAGAAUGAAGGAGGAUGGAAUGUAAGAGCCGCGAAGGGAGGUGGCGAUAUAUGCUCCUAGUUUAGGCUGAAUUUGGCGUGAGAAAUGAUGGAUGGGAGGUUGAGAUAAGAUCGAGAGUAAAAGGGAAAAAGAGAUAAUUGAAGUACGCCGGAGAAAAAAGGAGGUGGCUCUUGUGUGGGUGGUGGUUGUAGUGUUGGUUGUGCUUGUUGUUCCUGUUGUUGUUAUUGUUGUGCUGCUCGUGUUCGUGCUGGCGGUUGUGGUAGUGCUGGCGGUGCUCGUGGUGCUGGUGAAUCCUCUAGUGCCGGAGAACAAGAAGAAAAGGAAGAGAAAACGAUACGUGUCGGAUAAUCAGAAUGAGGUCUGGAAAGUAAUCUCGUCGAGUAUCGUGGUAACAAUUGUGAAAUCAGGAAUACGUAUCGGGAUCACGAGGAAUCCACGGACUCUAGAGGAAAAUAAAGGAAGAGUGGCGAUCGGUUUAUGCCACAUUGAGGAUCAAGUAUAACCAGGCACCUGAUAAUCAGGACAAUCCUAAGGAACGUUUCCCUGCCUUUUGCACUCGGGAUCCCGGAGAUACCUCUCCUUCGAGAGUCUCGCAUACCCGGGUGGCAUCUAGACACCUAGUCCUCUAGACGUGCGCGUGAUUAGGAAUGGAGACCUCGAGAUAGUACUUUCCUGAGGUCCCAGGAUGCGCUCGGUAAGGGCGCUGUUAUUCGCCCUCGUCCUGGGCGCGACGCUCGCCCCAGGUAUGGGAUCGGACCUGGUGCAGACCCUCGAGGUUUCGGAGAACGCGCCACCCGGGACCCGGGUGGGUUUCAUCGAUGCGGAUAGUCCGCCGUAUCUGAUAGUGUCGGUGCCAGGGUCGGCUGUAGACGCAGAUCUGAUAGUCGAUCAGUCGACUGGAGAGAUAAGGACCAGAGUACCCCUAGAUCGGGAGACCAGAGCUUCUUACAGCCUAGUGGCUCUGCCCCAGAACGUCCGGGUCGUCGUGAAGGUCCUCGACGAGAACGACAACGCGCCGACGUUUCCGGUCGAGCACGUGGACGUGGAAUUUCCUGAGAAUUCACCGCGCGACGCGAAGCGCGCUCUGCCGCCGGCCAAGGACCCGGAUCUGGGCCCCUACUCGACGCAGAGGUACGAGAUCGUCGCAGGGAACGUGGGGGACGUCUUCAGACUGGCACCUCACAGGGGACGCGACGGCGUCCUCUAUCUGGACCUACAGAACUCUGGGUCUCUGGACAGAGAGGCAAGGUCUAAUUACAACCUCAUAAUAGAGGCCCUCGACGGCGGCGCUCCACCGUUGCGCUCCAGACUCCACGUAAACGUCACGGUCCAGGACGUCAAUGACAAUCCACCGAUCUUCAAUCAGACUCGGUACUCCGCGAGUGUUCCUGAAAACGCAACCGUAGGCACUGCGGUGCUGGCAGUGAACGCCAGCGACGCCGACGCCGGGGAGAACGGGAAGAUCGAAUACUCCAUAAACAGGAGACAAUCGGAUCGCGAGGAGAUGUUCCGGAUCGACCCUGAGACCGGGAUGGUGUAUGUGAAUAAGCCGCUAGACUUUGAAUCGAAGGAGAGACACGAGUUGGUCGUGGUGGCCAGGGACAGAGGUGCUCAGCCUCUGGAGGCGAGUGCCUUUCUUUCGGUAAGAGUGACGGACGUUAAUGACAAUCAGCCGGCAAUCACAGUGAUAUUCUUAUCGGACGACGCGACGCCCAAGAUAUCCGAGAGUGCUCAACCUGGUGAAUUCGUCGCGAGGAUAUCCGUGAGUGACCCGGACUCUAGGACCGAGUAUUCAAACGCUACGGUUACGCUUACGGGUGGCGACGGGCACUUCGGUCUAGCCACCCGGGAUAACAUAAUCUAUCUAGUGGUCGUCGAGCGUCCUCUGGACCGGGAGGAGAAACCCGUCUACGAGUUGUCAGUGGAAGCUACGGACGCCGGGACGCCUCCUCUCAGAGCAGCCAGGACCUUCAAACUCCUGGUGACCGACGUUAACGACAAUGCUCCGAAAUUUGAGCAGGACCGGUACGAAGGUCAUCUCCUUGAAGCUUCUGAGCCUGGAACGUCGGUCGUCAACGUCACUGCGACUGACCUAGACGAAGGUGCUAAUUCCGUUAUAAAGUAUUCCCUCAAGAAUUCCACGUGGUUCACCAUCGACGAGGUCACAGGUCGCAUAACGACCAUCGCCCACGUGGACUGCGAGACCAAUCCGACGCCGACGCUCGUCGUCGUCGCUACGGAUUCCGGUCAUCCUCCUCUCAGCAGUAGUGCUACAGUGCAAGUGACAGUUUAUGACAAUAAUGAAAACGAGCCCAUAUUCGAGAAGCCGCUCUACAACGCCACCGUUCCCGAGGAUCUUCCAGUAGGACGCUGCUUCAUCAAGGUGCAAGCUACGGAUCCCGACUGCGGCGUCAACGCUUUGGUGAAUUACACCCUGGCAGCCGGUAGACCAGCCAGCGAGCAACUUCUGGUGCGAAGCGACACUGGCGACAUCUGCGUCCGUUCACCGUUGGACAGAGAAACAGCCCCUUAUCUGGAACUACCCGUUAUCGCCACGGACAGAGGAGGACUCAGUACCACAGCCAUAGUCCGAAUUCAGGUGACGGACGUCAACGACAACCGACCUGUUUUCUCGCCCGAUCGCUACAACGUGACGUUGAGACACGACAGCAGCAUCAAUGGUGCCAUUCUGCGUCUGGUAGCGACGGAUAUGGACGCGGGUCUCUUUGGCCAGGUCGCCUACAGGAUAUCCGGCGGAAACGAAGCAGGGGUCUUCAGGAUAGACAGGAGUAACGGCGAACUCCACGUGUCGCGGCUGAGCUUGCUGUCCAGAUCAACGACGCACCAUCUCAACGUGACAGCUACCGAUGCUGCCGGCCUGAAGAGCAUCAGGGACGCUGAGGUCAAGAUCUUUGUCUCGUCGUCGACCAACAGACUCGUCUCCUGCGAGAGAGCUAGAUACACCUUGACAGUGAAGGAGAGCAUCGCCCAGAACAGCGUCAUAGCCAGUAUCAAGGGUGCGUCCACGGCUCCUAUCGAAACUGGCGAUCGUCUCACGAGAUUCUUCCUCGUGAACGAAGAGGCUGAGCUUUUGAUGGAGCCGAAUACAGGGAUGCUGCGCACGCGUCUACCACUGGACCGGGAAACCCGUGACAGAUACGUACUGAGCGUGGCGGUACGCAAUGGGCACCUGCUUGGCUACUGUCAGGUUGAAAUUUUCGUAGAAGACGUCAACGACAAUCCACCCUCCUUUCCUUCGAGUUCAGUAAGGAUUUCCGUUCCGGAGUCACAUCCACUUCAUACACCUCUCUACGUAGCCCAUGCCAUAGAUCCUGACGUCACUCCAUCCGCACCAAUUCGUUACCUUCUCACUCAAAACAGCAACGAUCUGUUUGGUAUCGAUGCGAGACUCGGCGAGCUUUACCUUGGCAGAAGAUUGGAUUACGAGACUCAGCAGAGGCACAGCCUCCUGAUCAGCGCCCUGGACGGCGCCGGUCUCUCCGCCAACCUCAGCCUGAGCGUCGAGGUUCAGGAUGUGAAUGACAACCCCCCAGUGUUCGAGAGGAACGAGUAUCACGUGGAGGUUCCCGAAGGCGCCAGGCUCGAUUCGCAGAUAAUGCAAGUUACUGCAGUCGACUUGGAUACUGGGAACAACGCUCGUCUCAGGUAUCGACUUCAGGGUUCAGCAUCGUUCCGUAUCAGCCCCAACUCAGGCAGGAUCUACUUGGCGCAAUCUCUAGACCGUGAAACGAUCGAUCGAUACGCUUUGACUGUAUUGGCUACUGAUAACGGUUCGCCGGCAGCCACGGCGAGCGCUUCCGUUCUGGUCAGCGUUCUCGAUGACAACGACAACGAGCCGCACUUUGAGAAAGAAUCUUACAGCUUCGAACUACUGGAAAAUCUGCCAUCAGGGACAUUAGUUGGUACAGUCGCAGCAUCUGAUCCUGAUCUAGGAAGAAAUGCUCUCUUGAGAUACGCAGUGGUCCAGCAUAACAGCAGCUUUGUCAUCGAUCCUGAUACCGGCGAGAUCACUACGAGAGAACCCCUUGAUAGAGAAUCCAAAGGGGUUCAUGAACUCGUUCUGGAAGCUCGGGAUCAAGGGACACCUUCUAGAGCGGCCAGGGUGCCUCUCAAGGUUACCGUUCUGGAUGUCAAUGACAAUUCUCCAGAGAUUCUUGAUCCUCAGGGCGACGUUGUUAGCGUCAGGGAGGAACAACCUUCGGGAACUGAGGUUGCUAGGGUCAGGGCAAUCGAUACUGACCUAGGAGAAAAUGCUUCCGUCACAUACAGCAUCCUCAAGGAUCGAGACUCGGAUGGUCACAGCGUCUUCACCAUUGAUCCAAUAACUGGAAUGAUCAGGACUAAGGCUGUUCUGGACCACGAGGAACGUAAUGUCUAUCGGGUGUCGGUCAAAGCAAGCGACGCUGGGCGUCCAUCGCGUCAUAGCGUCAGGGCGCUUCGCGUUGAAGUUUUAGCUCUUGCUGAUAACAGACCGACGUUUACAAGCAGCAGCCUAACCUUCCACGUACGCGAAGACGCCACUAUAGGGCAUGCCGUUGGUUCGGUAUCUGGUGCUGGGCCUGCAGGUCGCGUAGCUUAUACCCUGGACUCCCUGAGUCCCGUCACCGAGUAUCCUGCCUUCGAUGUGGACCGCGGUUCCGGUCAGCUGGUGGUAGCGCACUCUCUCGACCGGGAGAACAUCAGCGAGUACCACCUAGACAUUCGCGCCUUGGACACAACCUCCAUUGGGAAUCCUCAAAGCAUAGCUGUUUCGGUGAAGAUCCUCAUCGAGGAUGCAAAUGAUAACGCACCCAGAUGGCCUCAAGAUCCUAUAACAGUGAUGGUAACCGAGAGAGCGGUUAUUGGCUCGACCAUUUACAAUCUGACGGCCACCGACCUGGACAGCGGUCCCAACGGCGAUCUGAGAUACAGCCUCGUCGCCGAGUUCCCCAGCAGUGGAAGCUUUGCCGUGGAUUCUCUGACUGGUGCCCUCACCCUGGCACGACCUCUGGACCGAGAGGAGAGAGCAGAGUACACUCUGAUAAUAAAAGCUUCUGAUCGGGCUCCACCAGGAGAUCAAUUAGCAGCCACUGUCACUGCCAGGAUCAUCGUCCUGGAUCAGAAUGACAACGAUCCAGUAUUUGUCGCACCGGAGUCAACGAGACUGUCGAUCGGCAAUGAUCUUCUACCAGGCGCAUCUCUGCUGAGGGUUGUAGCUGUAGACAAGGAUGCUGGAGACAACGGUCGUGUCUCCUAUGUGAUAACCUCAGGCAACGAAGAGGGCAGAUUCUCCGUAGGCUAUGAUUCCGGAAUCGUCACCCUGGCUCGACCUAUGUCAAGACUGACCGAGCUGGAGAUCACUGCCAACGAUCAUGGAACCCCUCCUCGAAAGGCCACCUUAAAACUCGUUCUGACCUUGGCCAGUCAAGCAGCAGGACCACCUAGAUUACUUCUCCCAGGACCCACAGCCAAGAUCUCCGAAGAUUCAGCCCUGGGAGCAACGGUCUUAAACGUAGCUGGUCCAGCCAUCACAGAUCAAGCCAACGUCAGCUUCAGCAUCCCGAACGGUGUCGCCUCCGACAAAUUCACCAUCUCGCCGACCGGUCUGGUGACUCUUCGCAGGACCCUAGAUCGUGAGGAUGUCUCAAGGUACUCUCUACCUAUCCUGGCCAGGUCUAGCAAGCUACUCGACCUUACGACUCUGGAGGUUUUCGUCCUCGACGAGAACGACAACAGUCCAGAAUUCCGUCCGGGAUCCUGCUACACUUUGGCCGUUCCUGAGAACCAGGAGAGCUCAAUGGUACAUACCGUAGCUGCAGAGGACAUUGACGAGGGCCGCAAUGGCGAGAUAUUUUACAGCAUCGUUGGUGGCAAUACUGGGGCCAAGUUCAAGCUAGACUCGUCGACUGGGGUUUUGUCCACGUCGAGUCUUGACAGAGAAUCCAUGGCCAGAUACGUCCUGACUAUUUCUGCCAAGGACAAAGGUCGACCUAGCCUUGAAGCUAGAUGUAAUCUCACUGUCAUCGUCCUUGAUGUCAAUGAUAAUGCUCCAGUUUUCGCACAGAAUCAGUACACUGAGAACAGACCACGUCCUAUGCCAUUGAAUAUGCAGAAUUCGGAUUUCAUGAAUUUUGGAUUGCAAACUUUUGGCCAGUACGGCUCCAGCAAUUAUCAGGCCAAUUAUAUGCCAAUAAGAUACGCAACUACCGUGUCAGAAGAUAUUGCCAGCGACUCCAGCGUGAUGACAGUGAAAGCUUCGGAUCCUGAUCAGGGAAUCAAUGGAAAAAUUACCUAUAGCAUCGCAGAGGAGUCCACCUGGUUAUUCAGGGUUGACAACCUAACCGGUGUAAUUACAACUGCAGGCCCUCUCGAUCGAGAACGCCAGAGCGUCUACAAUUUCCUGGUGGUUGCUACGGACGGUGGAAAAUACGACGCCAAGAGUACGUCGAUUCCGGUUCAGAUCAGUCUUACCGAUGUCAACGACAACGCACCGGUCUUUGGGAAAUAUCCAUUCAGAGCAACGGUCCCGAUUGGUUCGCAACCUGGACAGAACAUUCUGCGAGUCACAGCCACGGAUCCUGAUCUAGGAAUCAAUGGAGAGAUCAUAUAUUCUUUUUUGAGAGAGGAGGAAAAACCAAAAUUCAGGAUUCAUCCAAUUUCCGGAGUGGUCACAGCGACCUCGUCAUUGGCUCAGGAUAACGGAAAGAUUUAUCACUUGGAGGUCCUAGCCAAGGAUAAGGGCAGUCCACCAAGAACCGCUAAAGGAUUGAUAGAACUUCGUAUUGGAGAUGUGUCCGACUUGAUACCAGUACUCAAGUUUCAAAAUGAGACCUACGAGGUCGUCGUCCAGGAGAACUCUUCUGCAGGAACAGCAAUCCUCCAAGUGACUGCAGUGCGUUCCGACGGUAGACGGCAGCACAUAUCAUACUCAAUUGGUUCAGGCAACGACUUCGAGACCUUCUCCAUCGACGAGGACACCGGCCUGGUCCGUGUCAAUGAUCCCAAGAGACUGGAUGCUGAACUCUGGAACGACGUGACAGCGUUAUCCGAUGAUGACGGACGUAGCAACUCCUGGAGAAGGUCCUUGGAAGGUCAACAACCAAAAGAAGAACCUAGGGAAAGUGCCACGCACACUUUGACCUUACUGGCAAGGACUGUAGGAUUAGAUCCUCUGGAAGCUUACACGAGAUUGACCAUCCGUGUGUCUGACGUCAAUGACAACCCACCGAUCUUCACUCAGAUGCAAUACUCUGCCACAGUGCUCGAGGGUAACACCAAGGGAAACUUUGUAGUCAAGCUCUCCGCCAGCGAUGCAGAUCAGGGACUCAACAGCAGAAUUCUCUAUCACAUUGUUGAUGGCAAUCCUGACAAUGCAUUCACCAUAAGUCCACCAUACAGUGGUAUAGUCAGAACAAACAUAGUUCUCGACCGUGAAAUCCGAGAGAAAUACAGAUUGACGAUCAUAGCAACGGACCAAGGAAAUCCGCAAUUGACAGGAACAGCAGCACUUAGCGUCAGGGUGAUAGAUGUCAAUGACAAUCAGCCUACGUUUCCGGAACACAGUAUCAUCUCAGUUUCGGAAGGUACAGCACUAGGUACCGUCCUUACUACGAUCACGGCUAACGACGUGGACAGUUCGCCAGCCCUGACCUAUCGAUUUGGCAACAUUACACGACCUGGACCCUUCAGCAUCGAUCGGUACAGCGGAAGGGUCGUACUUCGAAAGCGCUUGGAUGCUGAGACCAGAUCUGAGUACACUCUUCAGGUAUUGGCCAGUGACAGCAUCCACGAGGCCAGUACAGAGUUGACCGUAAGGGUCACGGAUCUUAAUGACAAUCCGCCAUGUUUCCAGCAAGCAGCUUACGUAGCCACCCUUCCAGAAGGACGAGCGGACGUCCAAGAAAUUCUCAUCGUGAACGCCACGGAUGAUGACCUCACCGAGGAGAACAAUCGUGUACGAUAUUCCCUUGUGCGUCCUAGUAAAGGGUUCUCAGUGAAUCCAUUGACUGGAAGCGUUAUGGUUAAUCGUACCGCACUGCCACGACCUCUCCAGAAGGAGGUCGAGUUCUCUAUCCUCGCUGAGGAUUCAGGAAAGCCACCAGCGACCAGUAUCUGCUCAGUAAUUGUUCGCCUGAGCAGCCUGAAGAACGCACUUCCUGGGAAGGAGCACAAAGUUUCUAUUAAAGAAAAUGCUGAGAAGGGUUCGACCAUCAUGAGACUCUCCGACGUGGACCUCAUCGACGGGAGCAUCGUAUCCGGGGACGAUAAUGGAUCCUUUGAAGUGUCACGCGGGAAGCUGAUCCUGGCGAAGAGGCUGGACAGGGAAACCAAGGAGAAAUACAUACUGAAAUUAGGUUCCCGGAGUGAGAACACGACCUCGAUCAGCGGGGGAGUGGCGGUGGUCAUCGUGAACGUCGAGGAUGUAAACGACAACUACCCUCAGUUCCUGGAGGAAUUAUAUCAAGUCGCCAUUAAGGAAGAUGCUGCAAGAGGAAGUACGGUAGCUGUAGUAAGGGCGAAGGACAACGAUCGUUCAGAAAGCCCUGCUGCUUCCAUAGUCUAUGACAUCACAUCCGGAAAUGAUGCUGGUCUCUUCCGAGUGGACAGAACAUCCGGUGCCGUCCUGGUUAACGCAACUCUUGACUGUGAUCUUGGACCUGAGAUACACUCACUGGUUUUAAUGGCCUGCGACGUGGAUCCUUCGCCUCUCUGUGCCCUGGCCAGACUGCGCAUUCGUCUGGAGGAUGUCAAUGACAAUUCACCCAAGUUCCCCGUUUCCGAGUACCUGGAGUUCGUUGGGGAGAACGAACCAAUAGGAACAAGAGUCUUCACGGCACGUGCUACCGACUUGGAUCGUGGUAUCUUUGGCGCCUUGAAUUAUUCUAUCGUCUCAGCAGCUGCCACUGGGUUCUCUGAUAUUGACGACUCCUGGAGACUCUUCGCAGUAGAUGCUAAGUCCGGAUCAGUUACUACCAGAGCAGUCUUUGAUUAUGAACAACGUAACAGAUACGCCUUUACUCUGCGCGCUACCGAUACUGGUGGCAGAACUGCCGCUGUCAGGGUCAGAGUGGAAAUAGAUUCGAGGGAUGAAUUCUAUCCACAGUUCACGGAGAAGAUGUAUCGUUUUGGCAUACGAAGUGGUACUCCAGUACUUCCUGGCGCUGUCAUUGGACACGUUACUGCCACUGACCGAGAUAAAGGACCGGACGGUCGUGUUGUUUAUCAAUUAAAGUCUCAGCAUCCUUAUUUCAAGCUUAAUCGUACUACAGGAGCUCUCAUUGUCAAACAGAAGCUUGUCAACGUAGACGUGGAUGUUGAGGAAUCAUCACGGUUGGUAGUAUCAGCAAGUUCCGGUAGACAAGGUUCUCUGUCAAAUAUGACAGUGGUGGAGAUAACUCUAGAUGAUGAUGACUCUUUGUUCUCCUCUGGCUCUUCGCCAUCUGAUAUUGGAUCAAACAUGGCAGUGGCCGCUGCUGGAGGAUUGGCUGAUUGGGCGUUGGGUCUACUGAUUGCUUUGCUUCUGUUGGUCGUAGCGUUUGGCGCCAUCUUUCUUUAUCUUCAUAUAAGAAAUAGAAGACACAAGAAACCUGGAACUAAACCUGGAUUAAAUGGCGAGAGCAACGCCACAGCCUCUAACAGCUAUGUGGAUCCCAGUGCCUUCGACACCAUUCCUAUAAGAAGUGUCGGGGGUGUCGGAGGCGUUGGAGGUGGCGUCAGUGCCACUGGAGGUGGCGGAGGAGGCGGUGGAACAUCCUGCCAGUUUGCGCCACCGAAGUACGACGAGAUUCCACCCUAUGGGACUUCAGGGCAGGCAGCUCAACAACAAGCCACUUCUGAACUGUCUGGUAGUGAUCAGUCUGGCUCCUCCGGAAGAGGAUCGGCUGAAGAUGACGGUGAGGAUGAAGAGAUAAGAAUGAUCAAUGAAGGACAACAAACUGGGGAUUCUGCGAGUGAUCUGUCAGUGCACAACACUCAGGAGUACCUGGCAAGGCUAGGAAUCGUUGAUCCACCGGCAGGAACACCAAGAAGACCACCAGAGGCUCUUCCUCUGGACAGCCUCCAUCUUUUCGAAGAUGAAUCUACCACCGAAGCAGACAUUGCUACUCUUAUAUAUGGAAAAAUCGGUGAACCAGGUCGACCUACGUCAGGACUCGAAGCACCUGGUGGGCCCUCAAUGAACGGUUCCUUAAGUUCCAUAGUUCAUAGCGAAGAGGAGCUAACAGGUUCCUACAAUUGGGACUACUUACUAGACUGGGGACCUCAGUAUCAACCCCUGGCGCAUGUAUUCAGCGAAAUCGCAAGGUUAAAGGAUGAUGCUGCAAGCGUCCAGAGCGGAAACUCCGGUAGCAGUAAAGGCAAAUCUGUACAUAAGGCCCCACCGCCUCCACUGCUCACUUCAGUAGCUCCCAGGUCGCUAGCGGCGCCAGCAUUAGCAAGAGGCAUUCUACCAAGGUCGCCGAUAAGCCACGACGCCUCCACCUUCCCCUCGGCAGCCCUAAGUCCGAGUUUCUCACCUUCGUUGUCACCCCUAGCCACAAGGAGUCCUAGUAUAAGUCCCCUGGUACCACCGGCUGCUCAGCGGUCCAGUCAAGGCCCACCAAGAGGGAUCCCAGUUGCGGAUACUGAGCUCAGAAUCUAACUGACUGACAUCCACCACAAUAUAAUCCAAUGAUAACGAUUAGUAUUAUCAAUCCACUGUGCUAUACGUUAGUCUGUCUAACUGUCAGGGACUAUUUACUGGCCAAGGACCUUAACACUUUGCUAGGAAAAUUAUAUAGAAUUUUCUACCGAGGAUGAUAAAAAGAUAAUAGAAAUUAGAUAAAAGAUAAAAGUGACGCGGAUUUUUUGUACGAUAGCUCGUUGUCGCUUUCGAGAUGAGGGUCCUAGUUUAUUAAUUAUUACCGAAGUCACCGUGAGCUCCGGACUAUUUGUAUAUAGAAGACUGUUAUCGUGGCAGGCCAUCCAGUGAAACUGAGAACGAGUCCACUAGCGGCCAUUUUUAUUCUUAUCAUUAGUUUCGCAUUGAUCCGACCUCGGACCAAGAGAUUCGUCGAGACUCUCUUAGCAUAAGUAGCUCUGUAUAUAUAUAUAAAAUACAAAUAAUAAUUUGGUGUUAUAAUCAAAAGAUAGACUGCCGUCGGGGCGUCGGGACGCUUCCAGUAAUUAAAUGGGACAUUCGCGAUAUACCAAGCUGUACAGUAAUCCAAUUGUAAGAUUUAAGGGUGCGUUUACAAGUCCCACGGGAACAAUUUAAUCGAAUCCUGUAGAUACACGGCUGAAUUUAUUUUUAUUUGUCCCGUCGUCCGAUAGAACCACGAACGUACUGAUCUUUAUCGUGGUUUCAUUAGGCACGUACGUAUUACGUUCAUCGUUCAUAUACGAUGAGCUUUUAACUGAAAUUAGUGAACGUAUCGAAGGGAGGAAAUAUCGCCGCAAGGGCCACAGCAUAUCUAUAGAUAGAUAUAGUAUACAUACGCGUAUAUAAUAAAUUGUAUAAAAUGUUCUCGCUCUCUGUACAAAAAGACUUCGAAAAUUUCGAAAAUGACUUGACCAACUAGCAAGUCAUUAAUAAAUGAAUUUUUUAGCAAAA